GAGGAAGGGGGGGACCCCGGCGUCCGAAUGGGAGUUGCUAGGGGAGCCUGCGUGUUGGGGAAGCGGCACAGCAGGACCGCGUCGAGCAUUGAGUCCCGGGGACCUUUGUGGAAGUGAUCCCCUGUGACCUGUUCAUCCACGUUUUAAAUCGCUAAAAGCAGGGCUUGGGUUUCCGAAACUUGUCCAGCGGAGCGUUUCGUGGCAGUCAGCUUGCCCACUCCUGUCCCAACCCCUCGUGAUUUUACCCUGGCUGCGCUUUGGAGCUGCGCGGUUAGGGAUCGACGGCUCAGGUUCAUCCUAGAGUCUGACUCCUUGGGCCUCCGGCGGAAUAUGGAGCAAAUGCUGGACCAGAUGAAGGAUCCAAGCCGUGGAGCAAAUAUGUGAAACUAUUACGAAGUGGGUGGGAGGAAGCUCAACAGCUGAAAGCACAACCUGGAAUUCCCCUACUAAGCGAACGCCCACAUAUUUAAAUGGAGGGAGGGGGUGUAGCCGAAAUUAAUUUACAGGCUUUAGAAAAUUUGCGUGUAUACCUGUGUGAAAAAAUCAUAGCUGAGAGACAUUUUGAUCAUCUACGUGCCAGAAAAAUACUCAGUAGAGAAGACACGGAAGAAAUUUCUUGCCGAACAUCAAGUAGAAAAAGGGCUGGAAAAUUGUUAGACUACUUACAAGAAAACCCCAAAGGACUAGAUACCCUGGUUGAAUCUAUUCGGCGAGAAAAAACACAGAACUUCCUGAUUCAGAAGAUCACAGAUGAAGUACUGAAACUUAGAAAUAUAAAACUAGAGCAUCUGAAAGGACUGAAAUGUAGCAGCUGUGAACCUUUUCCAGGUGGAGCUACAACCAACCUUUCUAGAUCAAAUUCAGAUGAGAGUAGUUUCUCUGAAAAACUGAGAGCAUCCACUGUCAUAUACCAUCCAGAAGGAGAAUCCAGCACGGCUCCCUUUUUUUCUACUGGUUCUUCUCUGAAUUUGCCUGUUCUAGAAGUAGGCAGAACUGAAAAUCCCACCUUCUCUUCCACUACACUUCCCAGACCUGGGGACCCUGGGGCUCCUCCUUUGCCACCAGAGCUGCAGUUAGAAGAAGAAGGAAUUUGUGGAAACUCUAGUGAGAUGUUUCUUCCCUUAAGAUCACGUGCCAUUUCACAGCAGUGACAAUUUAUAGUCUUUUAAUCUUUUUUAAUAACAAAAAAUAUUUGAAAUAUGAAUCUUUUUAUAAAAUUCUAUAAUGAUUUAACAUUUGAUAUGCCUUUUAAAAUGCAAUAUAAGCAUACUUUGUAAAUAGAUGUUUUUAGAAUUAAAGAAGCAUACUUUUAGACAAAGUAAAUCAUAUUGAUGUUCUUUUCAUUUUUGAGGUAUUAAGUGUUUUCACAAUUUUUGUUUUCAGACUGAUAGGGAACAUUUCUGUAUUUGAGAAUAGAGUUAUAGGCUGGGAAUGAUGUUUCUUCUCAGUGCAUUUUUGCUGGAAAUUUUCAGUCUUAAUUGUCCUUUCCACCACUCAGCAGUACUAUUUCAGGAGUAACCUGUUUUCUGUCUGGUAAUAAAGUCAGCCACUGAUGAGAAAACUACCAGUGCACCAAAAAGAAUCUUUCCCACCUAGUUGGGCUCACAGACACUUAACAAAAUCCCCUUCAGGUGCAUAGGGACAUCUUAAUGGAGUUUGAGCCACCUAAGAUGUCAGUUUGUCAAAAUACAUUUCUUAUUAACCUUACUAAUUAAUACAGCUGUCUUAAAAUGUUCCCAUUCUGUUCUAUCAGUUUCAUUCCUAAAAAAAAAUCCUGGCAGAAAUCUGUUAUUACAUGAAAUUUGAUGAGAUUUUAAGAAAAUACAUUCUGUACUUUACAUUCUCUUUUAAUGAGGACCACUGUCCUGGUUGAACUAACCAAACAAAGUGUUUUUUUGUGAGUGUAUAUGACAGUUCUGUUUUCAGUACUGUUUGGAAAAAGCAGGCUAUUAGCUAGAUUUGGUUUUUUUUGUUAUAUAACAAAGUUUGACUAAUUUUAUACAUUUAUAAACCUUAUGCUCUCAUUUUCAUUUAAAUUAUAAUUCUUCCUAUUUCCUGAUAUCUAUCUCAUAUAUUUCCAUUGAAAAAAGCAGAGUUGGAAAUGCACUACUAAUUAUAAAAGGUUUUAAAUUAUAGUGCUGUUUUAGAAGUUUUAAACUCUUCGAUGGGAAAUAAAUACCUAAAACAUU